AUUUGACAGAGGCUUUACAUCUUAACAGAAAGUAAACCUCUAAACAAAGAAACAACCGAGUGCAGACUGUACACAGAAACUUUCUUCAACCAGAAUUUGACACGAAAUGGACACCAAAAGUGUGAUGACUGAGGCACUUGAGCAUCUUGUGGAUAAAGAGCUCAAACAAUUCAUCUGGCAUCUGUGCAAUGGGGUCAUACAAGGCACUGAUCCGAUUCCGAAAGCAAAGCUUCAGAAUCCUGAGCGUGAGGAUGUGGUGGACUGCAUGGUACAGCAUUACGACGAUGAUGCUGGGAAGAUCGCAGUCCAAGCACUACGCAAAAUGAAACAAAACGAGCUUGCAAAGAAGCUUGAACUCAAACUUAAAGUUCCACAGCCUGUGAAGGAAGACACAAUAGAUGGUCCUAAGCCUAUGGAGCUGCAGCCCAUCCAGGCUGACUGGCAGAGACCAAACAGUAUUACCAAAUGCAGCCUGAAACUUAAGAACACACUUCUUGAACAAAAUGGAAAUGAUGUUUAUAUGCCAACGAGCAGGUCUCAGAGGAAAGGUUCAGCCCUGCUGAUCACCAACAUUAAAUUCGACUACAUAAGAGACAGGAAAGGGGCAGAGAUAGAUGAGGCGAACAUGGACUGGCUGCUGACAGCUUUGGGUUACACAGUUGAGAAACACAGAAAUCUCUCUGGAAACGCAAUAAAGAGAGCAUUCGAGGACUUCUCUAAAUGUCAUGAACAUAAAGACUCGGACAGCACCUUUGUGGUUAUCAUGUCCCAUGGGAACAGAAUCCAAAAUAAAGAUGCAAUUAUAGGUGUCCAUUAUCAGGAAGAUAAACACCCCACUGAUUACUUCUUUAUUGAGGACAUCUUCACCCAUCUGAACUCGGAGAACUGUCCCGCUCUGAUUGAUAAACCAAAGGUUAUUCUCAUUCAGGCCUGCAGAGGAAACCAUGAAGGAGGUGUGUAUGUUCAUGACAGUGUGCCUGAAUCAGACUCCUGGGUUCACAAGGAGAAAGACUUUGUCUGCUUCAUGUCCACCAUCCCUGGAGUCUAUGCGUACAGGAGUACUGUCGAUGGAAGUUUUUUCAUCAGCUACAUAGUGGAUGAGCUCAGUAAGAGCGCUCAUAAAGAUGACAUUAUGGAGUUGUUCAGGAAGGUCGCCUCACGAAUGGAGAAAGACGCACAAUUCACAAUUCGGGAAAAAAUACUGCCGUGUUUUGAGAGGACAUCCCUUGUAAAGAAAUUUUACCUGUUCCCUGGGCUCUAA